UAUUUUUCACAUAGAAACAGAGAGUUUUAAAUGGAGGGGUUGAUUCCAUAUCUGAUUCAUGCUAUCAAGAAAGACCAUAAGCCACAAGAUCAGGGGUAUCGGUCGUUGUCUGUAGGAUCUAGCCGAGGCUACCGACCAUUAAUGAUGGGACAAGAAGGUUCUUCUUCAUUUCAGGGAUCUUCUCACCGUCGAACAAGAUCAGAGUACAAGCCACCUGUGAUAAUGGAUAUGUUUGAUCAGACAUCAUCAUCAGGUUUUGGUCAAGAUUCUGUGAAUGAAGAUUCUUCUUCUCAGGAUAUAGCAACAAAGCUUCAGCAUGCAGAUAGACGAUGAGCUUCUGUCAGAAAGAAAAAACAGUUUUAUAAUCUGAAAUCAAAUUGUA